AUGCUGAGUAGAGCUGUUCUGGCACUUACUAUAGUAGGUGUAUCUGUUGCCAGUUGGUAUUGUGGUCUUAAAUUCUGGAAACCAAUCAUUGUGGCCAAGUUAAAGGAAGAAGGUAAUUUAAGAGAUGAUAUAGAUAUCCCAGAGGAUGAUAACAAUAUACCAACCAGUAUCCAAGAUAUUAAAACUCAAAUCAAGAUUGCUUUACAUCCUGAGUUAAAGGAUAAGUAUGUUCAAGAACAAGAACUUAAGAACACAACUGAAUUUGAAAAACUACGAGAUCAAAUUGAUGGAACUGCCAAAGAUUGA